AUGGGUUUCCUUAAAGGUACUUCUGCUACAGUCUCGAGGAUGCUCGUUACCUGCACGCGCACUAUUAGUGCUGUACCUGGCAAGGAGCCCGUCAUUCAGCCCACCACUGCCCUAGUCACCGGUACAGCCAACCAGCCAAUGACGAACGACACAGCAUCUGAUGAGAAGAGUACUUCGGCUGACACUUCCUCGAAUACUGACCAGGACUCCUACAUCGAGCACGAUAUCACGGUUUCAGAAUGGAUCCAUUCUCUACUCCCCAGCAAGAAUGGCGUUCUCAAUUACUUCCGAAGCUUGUUCCCAUGCAUCGACUGGAUACCUCGCUACAAUUGGCGAUGGCUGCUUGGAGACGCGAUUGCAGGCAUGACUGUUGGUCUUGUGGUCGUUCCGCAAGCAAUGGCGUAUGCACUGCUGGCUGAUCUGACGCCUGAGUUUGGACUCUAUACCUCCUUUACCGGAGCGGCGAUCUACUGGCUUUUCGGAACUUCCAAGGACAUUGUAAUAGGGACUACAGCCGUGGGCUCUUUGCUCGUCGGUUCGGUGAUUUCCAAAGUACAGGACGCACAUCCGGACACGUACUCGAAUCCAGACGUAGCGAGGACACUGUCGUUCGUUAUAGGAGCGAUCAUGUUGCCAGUUGGCUUCCUGCGCCUUGGGUGGAUCAUCGAUAUCAUCCCCUAUAUCCCGAUUUCAGCAUUUGUAACCUCUGCGAGCAUCACCGUCAUGUCGACUCAAUUUCCAGUUAUGAUGGGGAUUACCGGCAUAAACACCAGGGAGCCCCCUUAUCGAGUCAUCAUAGAGACGCUCAAAGGUCUCCCGAGAACGCAGCUUGACGCCGCUGUCGGCAUCUCCAGCUUAAUCCUGCUGACCGUUAUCAGGGAUGUUUGCGCAAAACUGGAAGUGCGUCAGCCUGCCCGCAAAAGGUUCUGGGCCAUGGUAUCUUCCUUGAGACUCACGUUUGCAAUGCUCCUCUACACUCUAAUAGCGUGGCUUGUGCAUCGCACGCUACCCAAGGAUGAACGGAAAUUCCGACUUGUUGGUCAUAUUGACAGUGGCUUCCAAUAUGUCGGUGUCCCCAGACUAGAUGGAGAACUGAUCACAUCGGUGCUUCCGCAUGCCCCAGUUAUCAUCAUCAUCCUCAUUAUUGAGCACAUCGCAAUCGCGAAGUCGUUUGGAAAGCAGUUCAACUACAUGGUGAUCCCAUCCCAAGAGAUCAUGGCGCAGAGUUCUGCGAAUCUGCUUGGCCCCUUCGUAGGCGGCUAUGCAUGCACAGGCUCUUUUGGUGCGUCCGCUGUUCUCUCCAAGGCAGCUGUCCGCACUCCGCUUGCGGGAUUAUUCAGUGCAUUGCUCUUGCUGCUGGCACUGUAUGCCUUGACCGCCGUGUUUUACUACAUACCACAUGCUGCUCUCGCUGGACUGAUUAUUCACGCUGUUAUGAACCUACUUGCUUCAUUACAGACCUUGAGGAAAUAUUGGCGUCUGUCCCCAUUGGAGCUUCUGAUCUGGGUGGUAGGAGUUGUUGCUGCUGUUUUCAGUCAUCUAGAGACUUCGAUAUACAUCACCAUUGGCUUGUCAAUUGGUUUGCUGCUGGUAAGAGUAGCACGUACACGAGGAUCGCUCUUAGGGGAAGUCACAAUCUGGCAGCCAGUGGCUGCAGAUGCAACAGAUACAUCAGAUUCUCAGCCGGGAAUGCCGACUCAUCCAAAGUCUUUAGGAAAAGGCCAUCGAGAAACCUUUAUCUCACUCGAUCGGAAUGAUGCUUCCAAUCCGGCAGUCUUCGUCAAGUCUCCAUAUCCGGGAGUAUUUGUCUACCGUUUUGCGGAAGGCUUCAACUUCCUCAAUCAAGCUCAACAAUUGGGGAAUCUUGCUCGUUAUAUCAGGUCUCAUUCCCGAGUCGGAAAGACUGAGUCACAAGUCAAGGCAUCCGAUCGGCUGUGGAGUGAUGCCUCCGGGAGUAAGAGCUUGGAGUCCAUCCAGAAGGACCUCCCUGUUCUUCGUGCAGUUGUAUUCGAUUGCUCAUCGAUAAACAAUAUCGACGUGACAAGUGUUGAAGGUCUUGUCGAUCUACGGAACAGUCUCGAACGCCAUGCUCGCCCAUCAACAGUAGAUUGGCAUUUUGCAACCCUGACAAAUCGCUGGGCUCGCCGGGCGCUUGUAGCAGCAGGCUUCGGGCUCUCAACCAAAGCUAGUCACGGCAAUGUGGGAAAACUAGCGCCCGUUUACUGUGUGGCGAGCUCUCUGGCCGGAGCUUCGUCCGAAGACGCAAUGGCUGAGGAGACGAGGAGGAGGAGAAUCCUCAAUUUGGAUGAUGAGAGUCGAGUGGAAGACAAAGAUCUCGGCAUUAAGCAAGAUUCGAAUUCUAGAAGGAAAUCGCAAAGGAUGGAAGGGCAUACAGGUGCCUCGGGCGGCUCGGGCGGCCAAUGUCUCUCUUUCCAGCCGGUGCAUGGGGUAAAUCGACCCUUUUUCCACAUUGACUUGACACAAGCAGUAGUGGCGGCGGUUCAGGAGGCAAAAGAAGCAGACCGGCAUCUGUGCGCUGUGGGAAAUAGUACCGAUGACUCUGAGGCCGUAGGUGGCUCAUCAUCCUAG